UACCCCACAAGCCAUAGCAGUCAAGAAUCAUUAGAAUAAUACAUCGGAUUGUCACACGCGUUACAAUGUCGCGCGGUAGUCUCGUAUUAUUUGUUGCGAUCGUGGUGCUUUUCAGCACAACUACGCAAGGUCAGGAAUGCGGGCCAAAUCAAAAUUUUAUCACUUGUGGAUCACCAUGUCCGCCGCUCUGUAAUGACUCCAAUCCAGCUUGCACGUUGCAUUGCAUAUACGGCUGUCAAUGCAAGAAUGGAUUUCUGUUGAACAGUAGAAGCGAAUGUGUUCCUCCAAGUCAGUGCUAAAUACCAAACAAGAUAUGUAUCUAUUGAAGUGAUGUUCGAAACUCUGGGGUCGACUCGGAAAAAUUCGGACCGAAAGUUAUGCUUGUAUAAUGCCUAAAUAUAGAUUAGUUGCUAUCAGACGUAAUAGACAUAUGGUUAUACAUUCGAUGACUUAUUGAACAUGUAAGAAAUUGAAAUCAUCGAGACGUAUGUUUUCUCGCCUUAAUCUAUUGAUAUUCUGUGAGAUAUUCACAUUUAACGUUUCCUUGUACACCAAAAUGAUAAAAAAUAAAGACUAACGUAGAUGACACAUA